CGGACUGCACACAACAUGGGGACCUAUAGGGGGCUACUAUUAUGUAUAGGAGGCCUUCUGGUAUUUCUUGCCUCUGUCCAGGCACAAGCUUCUGCUAAUCAACAAAAGAAAAAGAUUGCAGAUGAAGAUUGGGAUUCUUUUGAUCAAGAAUAUGGAGCAAUUGAUGUAGAAGGGUAUGAACCAGGAGACCAAGAGCAAACUGAAGAGACUCAGCAAGAAACAGAGCAGCAGUCAGAGGGAAGACCGAAGGUUAACCUCAUUACGUUACCUUCCCCAGUCUAUCGAAGUCUGAAUCCCUCUCACAACAUGAGGAUUUGCAGCAGUUUUGGAAACUAUCAUUUCAAGACCUUCGAUGGUGACAUCUUCCAUUACCCUGGUCACUGCACCUACCGGUUUCUGUCUCACUGCCAAACCAACUAUGAGCAAUUUCAUGUCAUGAUUAGACGUGAAGUUCGUAAAAACAACCCUAUCAUCGUUCAUAUUAGCAUAAAACUGGAAGGCCAUUCAAUUGAAUUGGAGGAAAAACGUGUCACAGUGAAUGAUCAAGAGUUGGACAGUCUACCACACAGCAUAGACAAUAUUCAAAUCUCAAAGACUGGGUCCUAUGUGAGACUUUCCUCCAAAAUAGGUUUUGACAUGAUUUGGAAUGAAGAAGAUUCACUUACGGUGGAACUGAGUUCAAAAUUUGCUAACCAGACUUGUGGCCUCUGUGGUAAUUUUGAUGGUGUGAAAAAUGAACUUGAAUUUAACAAUGCUCCAUUAAGUAAUAUUGAGUACGGAAACCUUCAUAAAGUACAUGAACCAGAAAAGAAGUGCGAAGACUCCAAAGAAGAAGAAAGGGAAAGAACAUGUCGUAUAAAUAAUAGUAUAUGCAAAAAUGUUCUCACUAGCCCAGCUCUGCAGGGUUGCCAUGGCCUUGUUGACGUUAACAAAUACAUUGAACUGUGUGAGCACGAUGCGUGUAGAUGCACUGGAAACUCAACUGGGUUCUGCCUGUGUAACAUCUUUACUGAGUACUCAAGGCAGUGUAGCCAUGCUGGAGGAUCGCCAAAGAACUGGAGAACCUCUAAGAUUUGCCCUCUGAGAUGUGCCUUCAACCUGCAAUUUACAGAGUGUGGUACUGCCUGCCAAGACACUUGUACCAACCCGGAGCGCUCCUCGGUGUGUGAUGAACACUGCACAGAUGGCUGCUUCUGUCCAGCAGGGACAAUAUUUGAUGAUAUCACCAAGACUGGCUGUAUUCCUAAGGAGAACUGUGCCUGCACACAUAAUGGAGAUGUUUAUCCUUCAGGAAAAGGAUACACAGAGAAAUGCCAAUCUUGCAAUUGUGAAGGAGGGAAGUGGAACUGCGUUAAAAAGGCUUGUUUUGGAACUUGCUCGCUGGAGGGAGGGUCACACGUCACAACUUUUGAUCGUACUCGCUACGACUUCCAUGGACAAUGUACUUACACUUUAGUCAAGACAUGUGACUCUGGCUUAAUUAGUAUUUUGGCUGAACUUGAAAAAUGUGGAGAGACAGACACAACAACUUGCCUGAAGAGUAUUUCUAUCAUUCUUAAUGGUGGAAAAGAGUUCAUCUUUAUCAAGAAGUGUGGCAGUAUAUAUGUAAACUCAAUCUACACCCAGCUACCAAUUGCAUCUCCUUCUGUCACCAUUUUUAAGCCAACAUCUUUUUAUAUAAUUAUCGAUAUAAACAUUGGUAUGCAAGUUAAACUCCAAUUGGUUCCCACUAUGCAGGCCUACGUAAUGGCUGAUCAAAAGCAUAUGAGUCAAACUUGCGGUAUUUGUGGAAACUUCAACGACAUCCAGAUUGAUGACUUCAGAUCUCCUGCUGGAGUUAUAGAAGGGUCAGGCUCAGCUUUUGGUAACUUAUGGAAAACACAGCUUGAUUGUCCCAAUGUCAACAGCAGACUUGAACAUCCAUGCUCCCUCAGUGCUCAAAAUGAAAAAUAUGCAUCCCAUUGGUGUGACAUGUUACUUGCCAGUGAUGGACCUUUCUCUGGUGGCCACAGAGCUGUUGACCCAGGAAACUACCAUAAGAACUGCAUGUUUGAUGCCUGCAGCUGUGAGAAACAAGAAGACUGCAUGUGUUCUGCCAUCUCAUCCUAUGUUUAUGCUUGCGCUAAUGCAGGAGUUUUUCUUCGAGGAUGGAGGAAACAUGUCUGCCACAAAUUCAUGGACUCGUGCCCACAAGGAUAUACCUACAGUGACUCAGUCAGCACUUGCCAACCCUCUUGCAAAUCACUCAGCGGGACAGAUAAAAUGUGUGAGAAUACGUUUACCCCCAUUGACGGAUGUAUUUGUGCAGAAGGAACAUAUAUAAAUGACCAGGGGCAUUGUGUCCUGCCAGCUGCCUGUCCAUGUUACUAUAAAGAAACCAUCGUUGCACCUGAUGAAGUGGUCAAUGAAAAUGGCAUGGAAUGCUAUUGCAAAAAUGGAAAAAUGGAGUGCAAAGGAAACAAAUCUGAGACCCAAAAAGUGUGCAACCCUCCUAUGGUCUAUUUUGAUUGUAACAGUGCCCCUGCAGGAUCCAAAGGAUCUGAGUGCCAAAAAAGUUGUACCAGCUUUGACGAUGCAUGUUAUAGCACAAACUGUGUAUCUGGCUGUGUAUGCCCUGAAGGAACAGUGAUCAAUGAUGCAGGAGAAACAUGUAUCCCUGUAAAUGAAUGUCCUUGCAUACACAAUGAUGACUUAUUCUCAGCAGGGGAAACUAUUCAAGUGAAGUGCAACACCUGUACAUGUAAAAAUAGAAUAUGGGAGUGUACAAAAAACACCUGUCUGGGUACAUGCACGGUGUAUGGAGAAGGUCACUAUCACACCUUUGACGAUAGAAGAUAUCGUUUCCAUGGAAAUUGCUGGUACACUUUGGCUCAGGAUUACUGUUCUGAUGUCGGCGGUACUUUCCGAGUUGUCACAGAAAAUGUCCAAUGCGGUACUAAAGGUGCUACCUGCUCCAAAUCCAUCAGACUCUACCUUGGGAAUUAUGAGCUAAUACUUGGUGAACAGAAGUUUGAUGUAAUCAAGAGGAACAGUGGACAAUAUGUACCCUUUAAAGUUCGGCAAAUGGGCAUCUAUUUGGUGAUUGAGGCUUCAAAUGGUUUGGUGUUGGUAUGGGAUAAGAAAACCACCAUAUUCAUCAAGCUAGAUCCAAAGUUUCAGGGCAAAAUCUGCGGUCUCUGUGGUAAUUAUGAUGGUAACGCUGCCAAUGACUUAAUCACCAGAAGUCAAGCCGUAGUUGAAGAUGUUAAUGAAUUUGGUAAUAGCUGGAAACUUUCUCAGAAAUGCCCAGAUGCUACAAUCAUUAAAGACACUUGUGCCUCCAAUCCUUACCGGAAAGCUUGGUCCCAGAAGCAGUGCAGCAUUAUCACCAGUGGCACCUUUGCCUCUUGUCAUGGUUUGGUGAAUCCUGUUCAAUACUACGAGGCUUGUGUCAAUGAUGCCUGUGCCUGUGACAGUGGAGGAGAUUGCGACUGUUUCUGUACUGCUGUAGCAGCCUAUGCCCAAGCCUGCAGUGAAGCUGGACAGUGCAUUCACUGGAGAACACCAAACAUUUGCCCUGUAUUUUGUGAUUUCUAUAAUGAGAAAGGACAUUGUGAGUGGCAUUAUAAAUCUUGCGGUGCCCCUUGUAUGAAGACAUGCAUGAAUCCAGCUGGUGUGUGCUUUAUGAACGUGCCUGGCUUGGAAGGUUGUUACCCUCAAUGUCCAGAAGACAGGCCAUACUUUAACGAGGAAUCUAUGCAUUGUGUGGCAUCAUGUAACUGCUUUGAUGAAUACGGAGAAGAGUAUAAACCAGGGGAUCCAAUGCCAGGUCCUACCAGAUGCUCAGUUUGUAAAUGUACCAAGACUGGCAGAGAAUGUACCAAAACAGAAGUAUGUUGUGAAUAUGAAGAAAGUGAAUUUGCUGAAGGGGACACCGUCUAUUACACAGCUGAUGGAAUGGGUGGUUGCAUGAACGCAAUCUGCUCAGAAAAUGCAACAUUAGUCCGUAGCACUGGCCCGUGCCCAACAACAGCACAUCCAGUAACAACAUUCGACUUCAAUCCACCAAGGUCAUCAGAGUAUGCAACAGCUGGAUCGACAAUAACUGAAGCACCUAGCGGUGAAAAAACUCAAAUAACAACAACAACUACACCAGUUUCACCCACUCUGUGUGUUGAAGCUUAUGAGUGCACUUGGACACAGUGGUAUGACUUGAGCAAACCUGAAAAUGGAGCUGGAGAUAUGGAAACAUUUGAAGAUAUUAAAGCUCAGGGUCACCAAAUAUGUGAAAACCCUAGAAAUGUGGAAUGCAGGCCAACAAACCAUCCUGAUAAAAAAAUAGAAGAUUUUGGACAAGACGUCAUUUGCAACAGAAAGACGGGCUUACUUUGUUUAAACAGUGAAAAUCCACCCACGUGUCACAAUUAUGAAAUGAGAAUUGAAUGUUGUAACUACCGGAUAUGUUCUUCUCCUUCAAGUAUUGAGCUUACACCCUUAACCCCCAAUGUUAGCUCAUCUGAAGUUACAACAGCUAAAGUCCCAACAUCUUUGCCUGUUGUGUCCAUUCCUGACACCCCUAUGAGCACAAGUGCUACUAGUUCUGAAAGUAGCCCUCCAGGUACAGUUACAACAACCUCUGGAGUAACAACAGCCUGUAACAUUAAGAUGGAAUGCCGUUGGACUAAAUGGUAUGAUAAUAGUCAACCCAAUCAAAGGAGCGAUGGAGGAGAAUUUGAAAGUAUUGCUGAAAUAAAAUCAAAGGGAAAUGAGGUAUGCACAGUCGAAGAAGAAGAACAAGAUAUUGAAUGUGAAGCUAUAACGUCUAACGGUCAGGCUAUCUCAAAUAAUCAACAAAAGGUUACUUGCAACCUAGAAAGAGGCUUGCACUGUGAAAACCGAGAACAAACUGGGAAGGAAAAAUGCCUCAACUAUAGCAUAAGGAUAUUGUGCUGUCGUAAGUACUGUGAACCAAAUAAAACACCUGGUGACUCCAUACAUACUACUACUAUUGCAACAUCACUUCCUGGUGAGAAGGUACAAACAACAACAAUAACAACAUCUGGAACAUCUGUACCCACAGUCACUACAGGUGUGUCAACCACUGUGGGAACAUCAGCUUCAGCUGGUCCACCUCUAGAAAUAUCAUCUUCUGAAGUUAUGCCUUCAGUUUCCCCAACACCAGCAUGUGAAAUUCAAUUGCAAUGCCGUUUGACUCGUUGGUAUGAUAUCAACAGACCAACAAAGCAAAGCAAUGGUGGGGACAGUGAAAGCCUAGAAGAUAUAAAAGCAAAAGGAUACGAAGUGUGCAAUAAAACAGAAAUUGAGCACAAUCUAGAAUGUGAAGCCAUUGAUGGAAAUGGAGUAACAAUUGCUAAUAACCAGCAAAUUAUGACUUGUAUCCUUUCACAGGGUCUACUAUGCAAAAACAGUGAUCAGAAGAGUAAAGAAAAGUGCCAUAAUUACAGAAUAAGGGUUGAAUGUUGUUCAAAAUACUGCAAACCAGUAACAUCUGCUCCUGAAGUUAUUGGGCCUCCAACAGUGCCUCUUUUACCAAGUAAUAAACCUAGUCCACCAACAACUGCAAUCACUGAACCUGGCCAUCAUAUAUCUGAAGAUUGUAAGAAGACUAAAGCAACAGAAUGCCAUUGGACUCCUUGGUUUAAUACUAACACACCAUCUGAAAAUGUACAUGGGGGUGAAAUAGAGAACUCAGACAAUUUGAAAUCGAACGAAAUUGAAGUUUGUAAAAAAGGGGAAGUUGAAAAUCAUAUUGAAUGUAAUGCUGAUCAAGACACUGCCACAAAUGUCACAUGCAAUGUAAAGAACGGACUGAUUUGUAAGAACAAAGAUCAACCCGGAGAGAAAUGCCCUGACUUUAGUAUAAGAAUUGAGUGCUGUACUGAAAAGUUUGUUAAAUCAUGUGGCGAGUCUAGUACUAUAGCUUCUACAUCAGCAACGACAUGUAUAAAAAAAAAGGAAUGUCGCCUGACCCCAUGGUUUGAUAUUCAUUCUCCCACUGGAAAAGGAGGUGGUGGAGAUAUUGAAAGCUCUAAAAAUAUAAAAUCUAAAGGGAUUGAGAUAUGUAAGAAAGAGGAAGUUGAAAACAAAAUUGAAUGUGAGGCUGUUGAUAAAGCUGGCAAGACUGUUUUGGAUAAUACACAGAAAUAUACCUGUGAUAUGGAAAAUGGAUUAACAUGUUUUAAUAAACACCAACCCACAAAACAAAGGUGUCACAAUUACAGAGUAAGGUAUGAAUGUUGUUCAGAAAUCUGUGAAAAAGGUGAAACACCAACUUCAACUAGUCCAGAUACCUCAACAAUUUCAACAAACACUGGAGGAGAACCCACAAAAAAACCAGAGACUUCAACCGUUACAGUAACCUCAGUAUCACAAGAAGAUUGCAGUAAACUCAGAAAAGAGGAAUGUCACUGGACAAAAACAUUUAAUGAAAAUACACCUUCCUCAGACAUUGAUGGAGGAGACAAUGAGAACUCUUUUAAUCUAAAACAAAAAGGAAUAGAAGUUUGUAAGAAGGAAGAAGAUGAGAAUGAUAUUGAGUGUAUAGCUGCAGAUCGUCCAGAAUUGAACUUUAACGAUAUGGACCAGAUAGCAAUAUGCAAUGUCAAAGAUGGAUUAGUGUGUAACAACAAAGAUCAAAAAGAUAAACAGUGCCAUGACUAUGCAAUAAGAAUGGAGUGCUGUUCUAAGAAAUUUGUUGAAUCUUGUGGAAAAUCACCCUCGUCUACAACAACACCCUGGUCAGGUGAAAUAACGCAAGGUCCAGUAACAAAAUCUGUAACAGAGUCAGGUGUUCCAGUGCCUCCAGGUGAACCUGGUAAACCAGGUGAAACCUCUACACCUGGCUAUCAAGUGCCUCCAGGUGAACCCGGUAAACCAGGUGAAACCUCUACCCCAGGCUAUCCAGUGCCUCCAGGUGAAUCCGGUAAACCAGAUGAAACCUCUACACCUGGCUAUCAAGUGCCUCCAGGUGAACCCGGUAAACCAGGUGAAACCUCUACACCUGGCUAUAAAGUGCCUCCAGGUGAAACCUCUACCCCAGGCUAUCCAGUGCCUCCAGGUGAACCCGGUAAACCAGGUGAAACCUCUACACCUGGCUAUAAAGUGCCUCCAGGUGAACCCGGUAAACCAGGUGAAACCUCUACCCCAGGCUAUCAAGUGCCUCCAGGUGAACCCGGUAAACCAGGUGAAACCUCUACACCUGGCUAUAUAGUGCCUCCAGGUGAACCCGGUAAACCAGGUGAAACCUCUACCCCAGGCUAUCAAGUGCCUCCAGGUGAACCCGGUAAACCAGGUGAAACCUCUACACCUGGCUAUCAAGUGCCUCCAGGUGAACCCGGUAAACCAGGUGAAACCUCUACACCUGGCUAUAAAGUGCCUCCAGGUGAACCUGGAAAACCAGGUGAAACCUCUACCCCAGGCUAUCAAGUGCCUUCAGGUGAACCUGGUAAACCAGGUGAAACCUCUACACCUGGCUAUAAAGUGCCUCCAGGUGAACCCGGUAAACCAGAUGAAACCUCUACCCCAGGCUAUCCAGUGCCUCCAGGUGAACCCGGUAAACCAGGUGAAACCUCUACACCUGGCUAUCAAGUGCCUCCAGGUGAACCCGGUAAACCAGGUGAAACCUCUACCCCAGGCUAUCCAGUGCCUCCAGGUGAACCCGGUAAACCAGGUGAAACCUCUACACCUGGCUAUCAAGUGCCUCCAGGUGAACCCGGUAAACCAGGUGAAACCUCUACACCUGGCUAUCAAGUGCCUCCAGGUGAACCCGGUAAACCAGGUGAACCCGGUAAACCAGGUGAAACCUCUACCCCAGGCUAUCAAGUGCCUCCAGGUGAACCCGGUAAACCAGGUGAAACCUCUACACCUGGCUAUCAAGUGCCUCCAGGUGAACCCGGUAAACCAGGUGAAACCUCUACACCUGGCUAUAAAGUGCCUCCAGGUGAACCUGGAAAACCAGGUGAAACCUCUACCCCAGGCUAUCAAGUGCCUUCAGGUGAACCUGGUAAACCAGGUGAAACCUCUACACCUGGCUAUAAAGUGCCUCCAGGUGAACCCGGUAAACCAGAUGAAACCUCUACCCCAGGCUAUCCAGUGCCUCCAGGUGAACCCGGUAACCCAGGUGAAACCUCUACACCUGGCUAUAAAGUGCCUCCAGGUGAACCCGGUAAACCAGGUGAAACCUCUACCCCAGGCUAUCCAGUGCCUCCAGGUGAACCUGGUAAACCAGGUGAAACCUCUACACCUGGCUAUCAAGUGCCUCCAGGUGAACCCGGUAAACCAGGUGAAACCUCUACACCUGGCUAUCAAGUGCCUCCAGGUGAACCCGGUAAACCAGGUGAAACCUCUACACCUGGCUAUAUAGUGCCUCCAGGUGAACCCGGUAAACCAGGUGAAACCUCUACCCCAGGCUAUCAAGUGCCUCCAGGUGAACCCGGUAAACCAGGUGAAACCUCUACACCUGGCUAUCAAGUGCCUCCAGGUGAACCCGGUAAACCAGGUGAAACCUCUACACCUGGCUAUAAAGUGCCUCCAGGUGAACCUGGAAAACCAGGUGAAACCUCUACCCCAGGCUAUCAAGUGCCUUCAGGUGAACCUGGUAAACCAGGUGAAACCUCUACACCUGGCUAUAAAGUGCCUCCAGGUGAACCCGGUAAACCAGAUGAAACCUCUACCCCAGGCUAUCCAGUGCCUCCAGGUGAACCCGGUAACCCAGGUGAAACCUCUACACCUGGCUAUAAAGUGCCUCCAGGUGAACCUGGUAAACCAGGUGAAACCUCUACCCCAGGCUAUCAAGUGCCUCCAGGUGAACCCGGUAAACCAGGUGAAACCUCUACACCUGGCUAUAAAGUGCCUCCAGGUGAACCUGGUAAACCAGGUGAAACCUCUACCCCAGGCUAUCAAGUGCCUCCAGGUGAACCCGGUAAACCAGGUGAAACCUCUACACCUGGCUAUAAAGUGCCUCCAGGUGAACCCGGUAACCCAGGUGAAACCUCUACACCUGGCUAUAAAGUGCCUCCAGGUGAACCCGGUAAACCAGGUGAAACCUCUACCCCAGGCUAUAUAGUGCCUCCAGGUGAACCCGGUAAACCAGGUGAAUCCUCUACCCCAGGCUAUUCAGUGCCUCCAGGUGAACCCGGUAAACCAGGUGAAACCUCUACCCCAGGGUAUCAAGUGCCUCCAGGUGAACCCGGUAAACCAGGUGAAACCUCUACACCUGGCUAUAUAGUGCCUCCAGGUGAACCCGGUAAACCAGGUGAAACCUCUACCCCAGGCUAUCCAGUGCCUCCAGGUGAACCCGGUAAACCAGGUGAAACCUCUACCCCAGGGUAUCAAGUGCCUCCAGGUGAACCCGGUAAACCAGGUGAAACCUCUACACCUGGCUAUAAAGUGCCUCCAGGUGAACCCGGUAAACCAGGUGAAACCUCUACCCCAGGCUAUCCAGUGCCUCCAGGUGAACCCGGUAAACCAGGUGAAACCUCUACACCUGGCUAUCAAGUGCCUCCAGGUGAACCCGGUAAACCAGGUGAAACCUCUACACCUGGCUAUCAAGUGCCUCCAGGUGAACCCGGUAAACCAGGUGAAACCUCUACACCUGGCUAUAUAGUGCCUCCAGGUGAACCCGGUAAACCAGGUGAAACCUCUACCCCAGGCUAUCAAGUGCCUUCAGGUGAACCUGGUAAACCAGGUGAAACCUCUACACCUGGCUAUAAAGUGCCUCCAGGUGAACCCGGUAAACCAGAUGAAACCUCUACCCCAGGCUAUCCAGUGCCUCCAGGUGAACCCGGUAAACCAGGUGAAACCUCUACACCUGGCUAUCAAGUGCCUCCAGGUGAACCCGGUAAACCAGGUGAAACCUCUACACCUGGCUAUAAAGUGCCUCCAGGUGAACCCGGUAAACCAGGUGAAACCUCUACCCCAGGCUAUCCAGUGCCUCCAGGUGAACCCGGUAAACCAGGUGAAACCUCUACACCUGGCUAUAAAGUGCCUCCAGGUGAACCUGGAAAACCAGGUGAAACCUCUACCCCAGGCUAUCAAGUGCCUUCAGGUGAACCUGGUAAACCAGGUGAAACCUCUACACCUGGCUAUAAAGUGCCUCCAGGUGAACCCGGUAAACCAGAUGAAACCUCUACCCCAGGCUAUCCAGUGCCUCCAGGUGAACCCGGUAAACCAGGUGAAACCUCUACCCCAGGCUAUCCAGUGCCUCCAGGUGAACCUGGAAAACCAGGUGAAACCUCUACACCUGGCUAUAAAGUGCCUCCAGGUGAACCCGGUAAGCCAGGUGAAACCUCUACACCUGGCUAUAAAGUGCCUCCAGGUGAACCCGGUAAACCAGGUGAAACCUCUACCCCAGGCUAUACAGUUCCUCCAGGUGAACCUGGUAAACCAGGUGAAACCUCUACACCUGGCUAUAAAGUGCCUCCAGGUGAACCCGGUAAACCAGGUGAAAACUCUACCCCAGGCUAUCCAGUUCCUCCAGGUGAACCCGGUAAACCAGGUGAAACCUCUACACCUGGCUCUAAAGUGCCUCCAGGUGAACCCGGUAAACCAGGUGAAACCUCUACACCUGGCUAUCAAGUGCCUCCAGGUGAACCCGGUAAACCAGGUGAAACCUCUACACCUGGCUAUCAAGUGCCUCCAGGUGAACCCGGUAAACCAGGGGAAACCUCUACACCUAGCACACCAGUAUCCUCUACUACAUCUUCCAGCUGCAAAAUUCUAAGGCAAGCAGAAUGUCGCUGGACUGAUUGGAUAAAUACAGAAAAACCAACCUCUGGUGUUAAUGGUGGAGAAGAAGAGAGUAGCAAGAUACUGAAAUCCCUGGGGGUUGAUGUUUGUACUAAAGAGGAAAAAGAAAAUAAAAUUGAAUGCAAAGCUGUGUCAUAUCAAGAUUUGAGCAAUGAAGAUUCUUCCCAGAUAAUAACAUGUACUGUGCAGGAUGGAUUACUCUGUAAGAAUAAGGAUCAAAUUGGCGAAGACAAACAAUGUGUAGACCAUGCAGCACGAUACGAAUGUUGCUCUAUAACAUUUUUUGAAUCUUGUGGCGAGCUAUCUAUUCCUGGUACAAUAUCAACUGAACCCUCUUCUGGAGAAACAUCAACUGUUUCUUCCACUGAAACACCUUCUAUUUCACCUGCAGUUAGCACUGAGACCUCAACUUCUGGUACAUUAUCAACAACUAGUGCAUCAGCAAUAAGAACUCCCUCGUCUCCUGGAUCUCCAUCAUCUACUGGCAGCACCGUGCACUGUUUAUGCCAAAUAAGAACAGAAUUUUACACGCCAGGUGAAAUCAUCUACACAAAAUUAGACAAUGCUGGCUGUAAAUUCCAUGCAGUUUGCGGCUUAUCAUGUAAACUGGAAUGGUAUACAGGUGACUGUGGACCAACAACAGAACCUGACUCAAAAGAACCUUCUCCCACCAAAGGAACUGAUACCCUCAUACUGGAUGCCCACUAUACUAAACCUCCAUUUAUCAGACGGCCACGCAAAACGCCACGACCCCCAACAGAAGGUGAAGAUGAAACAACAACUACAGAUGAACCAAGUAUUUCUUGGGAAAUUGGGUGUGAACCUUGUCAGUGCCUGAUGCCCAAUUGUGGAACAGGGCAUCGUGUCGUAUCUCGCUGGACUCCAGGUGCCUGCUGUGCCAACAUCACUUGUGAGCCUGAUUCUGUAUGCGUAGUGGAUAAUGUAAUAUAUCAGCGUGGCUCUCUUAUCCCACAACCCAAGAACUCAUGUCAGAAAUGCGAGUGUGCCAAGGAUGAAGUUGAUGAAUCUGGCUUUUAUGCUGUCAAAUGUGAGGAGAUCAAAUGUGAUAAGACCUGUGAAGAGGGAUACAGAUAUGUUGAAAAGGAAGGAGAAUGCUGUGGCCAGUGUGUACCAAAACAAUGCACAAUGAAGAAAGAGAAGCAUGACAAAAAGAAAGAAGCUGAAGGAAAAGAGUCAGGGGAAGGAAUCCAAGGAGAGAAAGGAGAGGAGGGACCAAAAGGAAAAGAAGAACAGAAAGAAGAAGGAGAGAAAGGAACAGAAGGAGAGAUUGGAGAUACUUAUCGUCCUGAGGGUAGCACUUGUGUCCACUAUGAGUGUGAUGAAGAUGAAGACGGCAACCCUGUUUUAACUAAAGUGAAGAAAGUUUGCCAAGAGCUGGAUAUUUCCAAAUGUGAAGAGGGCACAGUUAAAUAUGAUGAGGAUGGAUGCUGUCAGACUUGUACACCCAAAACAGUUAUAGAGGUUAAGGUUGUAGAGAAGACAGUCACCGAGGAUUGUAGCGCUCGCAAGACAUUGGAAGUCUUGAAAGUAGGUGAUUGUGAACUUGAAAUGGAGGUGACCCACUGCGGAGGACCUUGUAUGGGAACAUCAAUCUAUUCCGAGGAAUCUCAAGGUAUGAAUCACACGUGUAGCUGCUGUAGAGAGCUUGAGGUGGAAACUAAAAUGGUUCUGCUUCAAUGUGCCAAUGGAAAAUCUAAAAAACACUAUUAUCAACAUGUGGUUCGAUGUGGCUGUUCUGCUGCUACCUGUGAGCCAAUUGGGUCUGCUGAACUUCAACAGCAGCAACAACAACAACAACAACAGAAUCAGGAGCAGUGGAGCCAAUCCACUUCCCAAGGCAGAUUACUGAACUUUACUAAAAUGGGUACACAGAGGGGUGCGAGUUUAGCAAUAUGCUUCUUUGUAACAUUGCUAACCACUAUAUCUGUGCAAGGUCAAAUAUCAUCAUAUUAUUCAGUGCAGCAGACAACUGAAGCUCCUACAUUAAUGACUUUCAUUGGUACUCAAGCUCCAGUUAUGAAAAGUGCCACUUCUGCUCACAAUGGACAAGUCUGCAGCUCCUGGGGAAAUUAUCACUUCAAGACCUUUGAUGGCGAUGUCUUUUAUUUUCCUGGUACAUGCAACUAUCUCUUUGCUUCAGACUGCAAAAGCAACUAUGAGGAUUUCAACAUCCAAAUUAGGCGAUCUGUUGUAAAUAAUCUUCCAACGAUUAGCCACAUCACUGUGAAAUUAAAUGGCUUUUACAUUGAAAUGACAAGCGGGAGCGUGAUAUUCAAUAGUAAAAUAGUGGAGCUUCCCUACAGCUACGCUGGUGUCCAGGUUGGCCGGACUGGUCUAUACAUCACAAUAACGGCAAAACUGGGUUUACAGUUCAUGUGGAAUGAGGAUGAUGCUAUUUUGCUGGAGUUAGAUCCAUCGUUUGCCAAUCAGACUUGUGGUCUUUGUGGAGACUUCAAUGGGAUUCCAAUUUACAAUGAGUUUACUACAAACAAUAUCCUGAUGACCGAAAUUCAGUAUGGAAACUUGCAGAAAAUUAAUGGACCAACAGAGUCUUGUCUGGAUGUGACAGUGAAUCCGCUGAACAACUGCACUGACACUCAAAGGAUAUGUGAAUCAGUGCUGACGGGCACACCUUUCUCACAAUGUAACACCCUGCUGGAUCCAGCUGAGUACAUUAAUGCCUGUGUCCAGGAUCUGUGUAGCUGUGCACAAGAUGCCCUGGGCUUCUGUCUGUGUAACACCUUUGCAGAAUACUCCAGACAAUGUGCCCAUGCUGGCGGAACCCCACAGAACUGGAGAACCAACGAAAUUUGCCCAUUGACAUGUAAUAUGAAUUUGGAGUACAUGGAAUGUGGAAGUUCAUGCCCCAACACAUGUACUAACCCCCAAAGUUCAUUAGUCUGUAACAGCCACUGUAUCGAUGGAUGCAUUUGCCCUCAAGGAACUGUAUUUGAUGAUAUCAACAAUUCUGGCUGUAUCCCUGCCCAGCAGUGUUCUUGUACUUACAAUGGAAAAGUCUAUUCUCCAGGGACUGGCUAUUCAUCUCAGUGUUCUUCUUGCACUUGUAAUGGCGGAAAGUGGAGCUGUAAUGACACAGUAUGUGCUGGAUCUUGUGCAAUUGAGGGGGGAUCACACAUCACAACCUAUGAUAUGACUCGUUAUACCUUCCAUGGAGACUGCAGCUAUGUAUUUUCAAAGACUUGCUACAACAACACCUUCACUGUGUUGGGAGAGCUUUUUCAAUGUGGUCUGACGAACACUGAGACGUGUCUGAAGAGUGUGAGCCUCAGUUUGAAUUAUGGGGCGGAUUUUAUCUAUGUAAAGUCCGGUGGAAGUGUAUAUGUAAAUUCACUCUACACCCAGCUGCCCGUUUCAUCAGCCAGUGUCACCAUCUUCCAGCCUUCAAACUUUUACAUUAUUGUACAGACCAAUUUUGGCCUACAGCUGGAAAUACAACUGGUACCCAUCAUGCAGCUAUACAUCAACCUGGAUCCAUCUUUUAAAAAUGAAGUCUGCGGUCUUUGUGGAAAUUUCAACAAUAUACAAGCUGAUGACUUUAAAGUUCUGAGUGGAGUGAUUGAAGGAACUGGGUCCUCAUUUGCCAACACCUGGAUGACACAGGCCAGCUGUCCCACUGUUACAAACAGCUUUGAGGAUCCUUGUUCCCUGAGCAUUGAUAAUGAACAAUAUGCCAAACAUUGGUGCUCUAUGUUAACUGACCCACAAGGAGUGUUUGCAAAAUGCCAUUUAACAGUCGAUCCAAAUGUUUACAUGCAGAACUGCAUGUUUGAUUCCUGUAACUGUGCAAAGAGUGAGGAGUGCUUGUGUGCUGCAUUGUCCUCCUAUGUGCAUGCCUGCACUAUGAAAGGGAUCAUUCUCGUAGGAUGGAGACAAAAUAUUUGCACCACAUACACUACAAACUGCCCUGCCACAUUGACCUACAGCUACUCAGUCAGUACCUGCCAACCCACUUGCCGUUCCCUCAGCAGCCCUGACGUUACUUGUGACAUCUCAUUUGUCCCUGUUGAUGGUUGCAUCUGCCAGAAUGGAACCUACCUGGAUGACAGUGGUAGAUGUGUCCUCCCAUCAGCCUGUCCCUGCUACUACAGGGGAACUGAAGUGCCACCAGGAGAAGUGGUUAAUGAUAAUGGUGGUAUUUGCACCUGCUCUUCAGGAAAACUAGACUGCAUUGGAGUUACUCAAGUACCAGUCUGUGCUGCCCCCAUGGUAUAUUUUGACUGCACAAAUAAGACUGCAGGAACUAAAGGAGCUGAGUGUCAGAAGAGCUGUCAAACCUAUGACAUGCAGUGUUACAGCACUCAGUGUAUCUCUGGAUGCGUUUGCCCCGACGGACUUAUAGCUGAUGGUCAAGCUGGUUGUGUUCAAGAACAGCAGUGUCCAUGUAUCCACAACAAUGAAGCAUUCCCUCCUGGCGCUAAAAUUAAAGUGCAGUGCAAUACAUGUACUUGUGUGAACAGAAACUGGGAGUGUACCGGUGAGCUAUGCAUGGGAACCUGUACAGUAUAUGGUGAUGGUAACUACAUCACAUAUGACACCAAGAGAUACAGUUUUAGUGGGGACUGUGAAUAUACCCUUGUUCAGGAUUAUUGCAGUAGCGAUGCAUCCAAUGGAUCUUUCCGUGUUAUCACUGAGAACAUUCCAUGUGGAUCUACAGGCACAACCUGCUCCAAGUCCAUAAAAGUUUUCCUUGGUAAUUACGAGCUUAUACUGAGCGAUGGGAAAUUUGAAGUGGUCCAACUUAAUUCUGGAGAAUAUGUACCAUACAAAGUGCACCAGAUGGGUAUCUACAUGGUGAUUGAAGCUCUCAAUGGAUUGGUUUUGGAGUGGGAUAUGAAGACCACUGUGUUUAUCAAGCUGGAUCCAAGCUUCCAGGGCAGAGUGUGUGGAUUGUGUGGCAACUAUGAUGGAAAUGCCAAUAACGACUUUACCACCAGAAGUCUGUCUGUAGUAGGAGAUGUGGUAGAAUUUGGCAACAGCUGGAAGCUCUCACCAAGCUGCCCAGAUGCUAUGAGCCCCAAGGAUCCCUGCUCACUAAACCCUUACAGAAAAUCCUGGGCACAGAGACAAUGUAGCAUCAUCACCAGUCAAGUGUUCUCAGAUUGCCAUCCUCUGGUUGAUCCACUGAAAUACUAUGAUGCUUGCGUCACAGAUGCCUGUGCUUGUGACACUGGUGGGGAUUGUGAGUGUUUCUGUACCGCUGUGGCUUCAUAUGCUCAAGCUUGCAGUGAGGCGGGAACCUGUAUCAGCUGGAGAAAUCCUGACUUGUGUCCACUGUUUUGCGAUUUCUACAACCCAGAAGGGGAGUGUGAAUGGCACUACAAACCAUGUGGAUCACAAUGCAUGAAGACAUGCAGGAACCCUGAUGGAACUUGUUACCGGAAUCUGCAAGGUUUGGAAGGUUGCUAUCCCAACUGCCCGGAGGACAAACCAUACUAUGAUGAAGAGACAAAGCAGUGCGUCUCUGAAUGUAAUGUGUGUUAUGAUGAAUAUGGCCACAGAUACCCCUUAGGAUACGAAGUGCCAAGUGACAACGACACUUGUUCAUUCUGCAACUGCACAACUGAAGGCAUCAAAUGUUACAACUUAACAGAUUGCUGCGUAUAUGCAGAUCACGUGUACCACAAUUUUGACAUAAUCUACAAUACAACUGAUGGUAUCGGAGGAUGUUUAGCAGCUUUUUGUUACAAAACAAUUGUAAUAAGAAUAAACAAACCUUGCGGAGCUACUACUCCUGGUCCUAGUACAACAUUCCACUUCUCUACCACUUCUCCAGUCACUUCAACCGCCACACCUACAACUGCCAUAGCCACAACAGUCUGUGCAACAUGUACUUGGUCGCAAUGGUAUGACGUCUCUUAUCCAAAUUAUCAAACUGGCUUAGGGGACUUUGAAACCUUUACAAAUAUCAGGGAUGCGGGAUAUGCGAUCUGUGAGUCUCCUCAUAAUGUAAGAUGCAGGGCAAAGGCUUUCCCCGAUGUGCCACUUGAAGAUCUGCAGCAAAAUGUAACAUGCAGCAAAGAUAUUGGACUGACCUGUUACAACGCUUACAAUCGACCAAUGUGCUAUAACUAUGAAAUAAGCAUAGAAUGCUGUGAGCCUCUUCCAUCAUGUGCCUCAACCACAUCAUUAACUCCAACUAGUCCUUCCACUCCAGUGACUGUUACUGAAACAACAACCCCUACAACAACCAUCUCAGCCACUUCUACCACUCCAACAACCAAAACAACCACCCCAUAUACUGAAACAUCCCCCACUGUAACACUAACUGAAACACCAUCUACCACGACUGUUUCAACUUCUACUACUCCAUCUUCCACGACAGUGACCAUUACUGAAACAACAACCCCUACAACAACUGUCUCAGCCACUUCUACCACUCCAACAACCAAAACAACCACCCCAUAUACUGAAACAUCCCCCACUGUAACACUAACUGAAACACCAUCUACCACCGCUGUUUCAACUUCUACUACUCCAUCUUCCACGACAGUGACCAUUACUGAAACAACAACUCCUACAACAACCGUCUCAACCACUUCCUCCACUCCAACAACCAAAACAACCACCCCAUAUACUGAAACAUCCCCCACUGUAACACUAACUGAAACACCAUCUACCACUGCUGUUUCAACUUCUACUACUCCAUCUUCCACGACAGUGACCAUUACUGAAACAAUAACGCCUACAACAACUGUUUCAACCACUUCCUCCACUCCACCAACCAAAACAGUUACUGAAACAACUUCCAGCACUGCCACCCCAUAUACUCAAACACCCCCCAUUGUAACACUUUCUGAAACAACAUCUACCACUACUGUUUCAACUCCUACUACGCCUUCAACUCCUACUACUCCAUCUUCCACUACAGUGACUGUUACUGAAACAACUCCUACAACAACUGUUUCAACCACUUCUAAUACUCCAACAACCAAAACAGUUACUGAAACCACUUCCAGCACAAAUACCCCACAUACUGAAACACCCCCAACUGUAACACAUACUGAAAUCACAUCUACCACUACUGUUUCAACGCCUACUACUUCAUCUUCCACUACAGUGACUGUUACUGAAACAACAUCUCCUACACCUGUCUCAACCACUUCUUCCACUCCAACAACUAAAACAGUUACUGAAACGACUUCCAGCACUGCCACCCCAUAUACUCAAACACCCCCCAUUGUAACACAUAAUGAAACAACAUUUACUACUGCUGUUUCAACUCCUACUACUCCAUCUUCCACUACAGUGACCGUUACUGAAACAACAACUCCAACAACAACUGUUUCAACCACAUCUUCCACUCCAACAACUAAAACAGUUACUGAAACCACUUCCAGCACUGCCACCCCAUACACUCAAACACCCCCCAUUGUAACAUUUUCUGAAACAACAUCUACCACUACCGUUUCAACUCCUACUACUCCAUCUUCCACAACAGUGACUGUUACUGAAACAACAACUCCUAGAACAACUGUUUCAACCACAUCUUCCACUCCAACAACUAAAACAGUUACUGAAACCACUUCCACCACUGCCACCCCAUAUACUCAAACACCCCCCAUUGUAACACUUACUGAAACAACAUCUACCACUACUGUUUCAACUCCUACUACUCCAUCUUCCACUACAGUGACUGUUACUAAAACAACUCCUAGAACAACGGUCUCAACCACUUCUAGCACUCCAACAACCAAAACAGUUACUGAAACCGCUUCCAGCACAACCACCCCAUUUACUGAAACACCACUCACUGUACCCACUGUAACACUUACUGAUACAACAUCUACCACUACUGUUUCAACUCCUACUACUCCAUCUUCCACUACAGUGACUGUUACUAAAACAACUCCUAGAACAACGUUCUCAACCACUUCUAGCACUCCAACAACCAAAACAGUUACUGAAACCGCUUCCAGCACAACCACCCCACAUACUGAAACACCACUCACUGUACCCACUGUAACACUUACUGAAACAACAUCUACCACUACUGUUUCAACUCCUACUACUCCAUCUUCCACUACAGUGACUGUUACUGAAACAACUCCUAGAACAACGGUCUCAACCACUUCUAGCACUCCGACAACCAAAACAGUUACUGAAACCACUUCCAGCACAACCACCCCACAUACUGAAACACCCCUCACUGUACCCACUGUAACACUUACUGAAACAACAUCUACCACUACUGUUUCAACUCCUACUACUCCAUCUUCCACUACAGUGACUGUUACUAAAACAACUCCUAGAACAACGGUCUCAACCACUUCUAGCACUCCAACAACCAAAACAGUUACUGAAACCGCUUCCAGCACAACCACCCCAUAUACUGAAACACCACUCACUGUACCCACUGUAACACUUACUGAAACAACAUCUACCACUACUGUUUCAACUCCUACUACUCCAUCUUCCACUACAGUGACUGUUACUGAAACAACUCCUAGAACAACGGUCUCAACCACUUCUAGCACUCCAACAACCAAAACAGUUACUGAAACCGCUUCCAGCACAACCACCCCAUAUACUGAAACACCACUCACUGUACCCACUGUAACACUUACUGAAACAACAUCUACCACUACUGUUUCAACUCCUACUACUCCAUCUUCCACUACAGUGACUGUUACUGAAACAACUCCUAGAACAACGGUCUCAACCACUUCUAGCACUCCAACAACCAAAACAAUUACUGAAACCACUUCCAGCACAACCACCCCAUAUACUGAAACACCCCUCACUGUACCCACUGUAACACUUACUGAAACCACAUCUACCACUACUGUUUCAACUCCUACUACUCCAUCUUCCACUACAGUGACUGUAACUGAAACAACUCCUAGAACACCGGUCUCAACCACUUCUAGCACUCCGACAACCAAAACAGUUACUGAAACAACUUCUAGCACAACCACCCCACAUACUGAAACACCCUUUACUGUACCCACUGUAACAAUUACUGAAACAACAUCUACCACUACUGUUUCAACUCCUACUACUCCAUCUUCCACUACAGUGACUAUUACUGAAACAACUCCUAGAACAACUGUCUCAACCACUUCUAGCACUCCAACAACCAAAACAGUUACUGAAACCACUUCCAGCGCAACCACCCCACAUACUGAAACACCCCUCACUGUAUCCACUAUAACACUUACUGAAGCAACAUCUACCACAACUCCUACUACUCCAUCUUCCACUACAGUGACUGUUACUGAAACAACAUCUCCUACAACGGUCUCAACCACUUCAACAACCAAAACAGUUACUGAAACCACUUUCAGCACUGCCACUCCACAUACUCAAACACCCCCCAUUAUAACACUUUCUGAAACAACAUCUACGACUACUGUGUCAACACCUACUACUCCAUCUUCCACUACAGUGACUGUUACUGAAACAACUCCUAGAACAACGGUCUCAACCACUUCUAUUAGUCCAACAUUCAAAACAGUUACUGAAACCACUCCCAGGACUGCCCCCCUAUUUAGUGAAACAACCCCCACUGCAACAUUUACUGAAACAACAUCUACCACUACUGUAUCAACUCUUACUACUCCAUCUUCCACUACAGUGACCGUUACUGAAACAACAACUCCUACAACAACUGUCUCAACAACUUCUAUUACUCCAACAACCAAAACAGUUACUGAAACCACUCCCAGCACAACCAUCCCACAUACUGAAACACCCCUUACUGUACCCACUGUAACAUUUACUGAAACAACAUCUACCACUACUGUUUCAACUCCUACUACUCCAUCUUCCACUACAGUGACUGUUACUGAAACAACUCCUAGAACAACGGUCUCAACCACUUCUAGCACUCCAACAACCAAAACAGUUACUGAAACCGCUUCCGGCACAACCACCCCAUAUACUGAAACACCACUCACUGUACCCACUGUAACACUUACUGAAACAACAUCUACCACUACUGUUUCAACUCCUACUACUCCAUCUUCCACUACAGUGACUGUUACUGAAACAACUCCUAGAACAACGGUCUCAACCACUUCUAGCACUCCAACAACCAAAACAGUUACUGAAACCACUUCCAGCACAACCACCCCACAUACUGAAACACCACUCACUGUACCCACUGUAACACUUACUGAAACAACAUCUACCACUACUGUUUCAACUCCUACUACUCCAUCUUCCACUACAGUGACUGUUACUAAAACAACUCCUAGAACAACGGUCUCAACCACUUCUAGCACUCCAACAACCCAAACAGUUACUGAAACCGCUUCCAGCACAACCACCCCAUAUACUGAAACACCACUCACUGUACCCACUGUAACACUUACUGAAACAACAUCUACCACCACUGUUUCAACUCCUACUACUUCAUCUUCCACUACAGUGACUGUUACUGAAACAACUCCUAGAACACCGGUCUCAACCACUUCUAGCACUCCAACAACCAAAACAGUUACUGAAACAGCUUCCAGCACAACCACCCCACAUACUGAAACACCACUCACUGUACCCACUGUAACACUUACUGAAACAACAUCUACCACUACUGUUUCAACUCCUACUACUCCAUCUUCCACUACAGUGACUGUUACUAAAACAACUCCUAGAACAACGGUCUCAACCACUUCUAGCACUCCAACAACCAAAACAGUUACUGAAACUGCUUCCAGCACAACCACCCCAUAUACUGAAACACCACUCACUGUACCCACUGUAACACUUACUGAAACAACAUCUACCACUACUAUUUCAACUCCUACUACUCCAUCUUCCACUACAGUGACUGUUACUGAAACAACUCCUAGAACAACGGUCUCAACCACUUCUAGCACUCCAACAACCCAAACAGUUACUGAAACCGCUUCCAGCACAACCACCCCAUAUACUGAAACACCACUCACUGUACCCACUGUAACACUUACUGAAACAACAUCUACCACCACUGUUUCAACUCCUACUACUCCAUCUUCCACUACAGUGACUGUUACUGAAACAACUCCUAGAACAACGGUCUCAACCACUUCUAGCACUCCAACAACCAAAACAGUUACUGAAACCACUUCCAGCACAACCACCCCACAUACUGAAACACCACUCACUGUACCCACUGUAACACUUACUGAAACAACAUCUACCACUACUGUUUCAACUCCUACUACUCCAUCUUCCACUACAGUGACUGUUACUAAAACAACUCCUAGAACAACGGUCUCAACCACUUCUAGCACUCCAACAACCCAAACAGUUACUGAAACCGCUUCCAGCACAACCACCCCAUAUACUGAAACACCACUCACUGUACCCACUGUAACACUUACUGAAACAACAUCUACCACCACUGUUUCAACUCCUACUACUCCAUCUUCCACUACAGUGACUGUUACUAAAACAACUCCUAGAACAACGGUCUCAACCACUUCUAGCACUCCAACAACCCAAACAGUUACUGAAACCGCUUCCAGCACAACCACCCCAUAUACUGAAACACCACUCACUGUACCCACUGUAACACUUACUGAAACAACAUCUACCACCACUGUUUCAACUCCUACUACUCCAUCUUCCACAACAGUGACUGUUACUGAAACAACUCCUAGAACAACGGUCUCAACCACUUCUAGCACUCCAACAACCAAAACAGUUACUGAAACAGCUUCCAGCACAACCACCCCACAUACUGAAACACCACUCACUGUACCCACUGUAACACUUACUGAAACAACAUCUACCACUACUGUUUCAACUCCUACUACUCCAUCUUCCACUACAGUGACUGUUACUGAAACAACUCCUAGAACAACGGUCUCAACCACUUCUAGCACUCCAACAAUCCAAACAGUUACUGAAACCGCUUCCAGCACAACCACCCCAUAUACUGAAACACCUCUCACUGUACCCACUGUAACACUUACUGAAACAACAUCUACCACCACUGUUUCAACUCCUACUACUCCAUCUUCCACUACAGUGACUGUUACUGAAACAACUCCUAGAACAACGGUCUCAACCACUUCUAGCACUCCAACAACCAAAACAGUUACUGAAACCACUUCCAGCACAACCACCCCACAUACUGGAACACCACUCACUGUACCCACUGUAACACUUACUGAAACAACAUCUACCACCACUGUUUCAACUCCUACUACUCCAUCUUCCACAACAGUGACUGUUACUGAAACAACUCCUAGAACAACGGUCUCAACCACUUCUAGCACUCCAACAACCAAAACAGUUACUGAAACAGCUUCCAGCACAACCACCCCACAUACUGAAACACCACUCACUGUACCCACUGUAACACUUACUGAAACAACAUCUACCACUACUGUUUCAACUCCUACUACUCCAUCUUCCACUACAGUGACUGUUACUGAAACAACUCCUAGAACACCGGUCUCAACCACUUCUAGCACUCCAACAACCAAAACAGUUACUGAAACCACUUCAAGCACAACCACCCCACAUACUGAAACACCCCUCACUGUACCCACUGUAACACUUACUGAAACAACAUCUACCACUACUGUUUCAACUCCUACUACUCCAUCUUCCACUACAGUGACUGUUACUGAAACAACUCCUAGAACACCGGUCUCAACCACUUCUAGCACUCCAACAACCAAAACAGUUACUGAAACAGCUUCCAGCACAACCACCCCAUAUACUGAAACACCACUCACUGUACCCACUGUAACACUUACUGAAACAACAUAUACCACUACUGUUUCAACUCCAACUACUCCAUCUUCCACUACAGUGACUGUUACUGAAACAACUCCUAGAACACCGGUCUCAACCACUUCCAGCACUCCAACAACCAAAACAGUUACUGAAACAGCUUCCAGCACAACCAGUCCACAUACUGAAACACCACUCACUGUACCCACUGUAACACUUACUGAAACAACAUCUACCACUACUGUUUCAACUCCUACUACUCCAUCUUCCACUACAGUGACUGUUACUAAAACAACUCCUAGAACAACGGUCUCAACCACUUCUAGCACUCCAACAACCAAAACAGUUACUGAAACAGCUUCCAGCACAACCACCCCAUAUACUGAAACACCACUCACUGUACCCACUGUAACACUUACUGAAACAACAUAUACCACUACUGUUUCAACUCCAACUACUCCAUCUUCCACUACAGUGACUGUUACUGAAACAACUCCUAGAACACCGGUCUCAACCACUUCCAGCACUCCAACAACCAAAACAGUUACUGAAACAGCUUCCAGCACAACCAGUCCACAUACUGAAACACCACUCACUGUACCCACUGUAACACUUACUGAAACAACAUCUACCACUACUGUUUCAACUCCUACUACUCCAUCUUCCACUACAGUGACUGUUACUAAAACAACUCCUAGAACAACGGUCUCAACCACUUCUAGCACUCCAACAACCAAAACAGUUACUGAAACUGCUUCCAGCACAACCACCCCAUAUACUGAAACACCACUCACUGUACCCACUGUAACACUUACUGAAACAACAUCUACCACUACUAUUUCAACUCCUACUACUCCAUCUUCCACUACAGUGACUGUUACUGAAACAACUCCUAGAACAACGGUCUCAACCACUUCUAGCACUCCAACAACCAAAACAGUUACUGAAACCGCUUCCAGCACAACCACCCCAUAUACUGAAACACCACUCACUGUACCCACUGUAACACUUACUGAAACAACAUCUACCACUACUGUUUCAACUCCUACUACUCCAUCUUCCACUACAGUGACUGUUACUGAAACAACUCCUAGAACAACGGUCUCAACCACUUCUAGCACUCCAACAACCAAAACAGUUACUGAAACAGCUUCCAGCACAACCACCCCACAUACUGAAACACCACUCACUGUACCCACUGUAACACUUACUGAAACAACAUCUACCACCACUGUUUCAACUCCUACUACUCCAUCUUCCACUACAGUGACUGUUACUGAAACAACUCCUAGAACAACGGUCUCAACCACUUCUAGCACUCCAACAACCAAAACAGUUACUGAAACCACUUCCAGCACAACCACCCCACAUACUGAAACACCACUCACUGUACCCACUGUAACACUUACUGAAACAACAUCUACCACUACUGUUUCAACUCCUACUACUCCAUCUUCCACUACAGUGACUGUUACUAAAACAACUCCUAGAACAACGGUCUCAACCACUUCUAGCACUCCAACAACCCAAACAGUUACUGAAACCGCUUCCAGCACAACCACCCCAUAUACUGAAACACCACUCACUGUACCCACUGUAACACUUACUGAAACAACAUCUACCACCACUGUUUCAACUCCUACUACUCCAUCUUCCACUACAGUGACUGUUACUAAAACAACUCCUAGAACAACGGUCUCAACCACUUCUAGCACUCCAACAACCCAAACAGUUACUGAAACCGCUUCCAGCACAACCACCCCAUAUACUGAAACACCACUCACUGUACCCACUGUAACACUUACUGAAACAACAUCUACCACUACUGUUUCAACUCCUACUACUCCAUCUUCCACAACAGUGACUGUUACUGAAACAACUCCUAGAACAACGGUCUCAACCACUUCUAGCACUCCAACAACCAAAACAGUUACUGAAACAGCUUCCAGCACAACCACCCCACAUACUGAAACACCACUCACUGUACCCACUGUAACACUUACUGAAACAACAUCUACCACUACUGUUUCAACUCCUACUACUCCAUCUUCCACUACAGUGACUGUUACUGAAACAACUCCUAGAACAACGGUCUCAACCACUUCUAGCACUCCAACAACCCAAACAGUUACUGAAACCGCUUCCAGCACAACCACCCCAUAUACUGAAACACCACUCACUGUACCCACUGUAACACUUACUGAAACAACAUCUACCACUACUGUUUCAACUCCUACUACUCCAUCUUCCACUACAGUGAUUGUUACUGAAACAACUCCUAGAACAACGGUCUCAACCACUUCUAGCACUCCAACAACCAAAACAGUUACUGAAACCACUUCCAGCACAACCACCCCACAUACUGAAACACCCCUCACUGUACCCACUGUAACACUUACUGAAACAACAUCUACCACUACUGUUUCAACUCCUACUACUCCAUCUUCCACUACAGUGACUGUUACUGAAACAACUCCUAGAACAACAGUCUCAACCACUUCUAGCACUCCAACAACCAAAACAGUUACUGAAACCACUCCCAGCACUGCCCCCCUAUAUACUGAAACAACCCCCACUUCAACACUUUCUGAAACAACAUCUACCACUACCGUGUCAACACCUACUACUCCGUCUUCCACUACAGUGACUGUUACUGAAACAACUCCUAGAACAACGAUCUCAACCACUUCUAGCACUCCAACAACCAAAACAGUUACUGAAACAGCUUCCAGCACAACCACCCCACAUACUGAAACACCACUUACUGUACCCACUGUAACACUUACUGAAACAACAUCUACCACUACUGUUUCAACUCCUACUACUCCAUCUUCCACUACGGUGACUGUUACUGAAACAACUCCUAGAACAAUGGUCUCAACCACUUCUAGCACUCCAACAACCAAAACAGUUACUGAAACCACUCCCAGCACUGCCCCCCUAUAUACUGAAACAAUCCCCACUUCAACAAUUUUUGAAACAACAUCUACCACUACCGUGUCAACACCUACUACUCCGUCUUCCACUACAGUGACUGUUACUGAAACAACUCCUAGAACAACAGUCUCAACCACUUCUAGCACUCCAACAACCAAAACAGUUACUGAAACCACUUCCAGCACAACCACCCCAUAUACGGAAACACCCCUCACUGUACCCACUGUAACACUUACUGAAACAACAUCUACAACUACUGGUUCAACUACUACUACUCCAUCUUCCACUAUCGUGACUGUUCCUGAAACAACAACAAGACCCAAAACAACUGUCUCAACCACUUCUACUACUCCAACAACCAAAACAGUUACUGAAACCACUUCCAGCACAGCCACCCCAUAUACUGAAACACCCCCAACUGUAACACUUUCUGAAAUAACAUCUACUACUACUACUGGAUCAACUCCUACUACUCUACCUUCAACUACAGUGACUGUUUCUGAAACAACAACCCGUAGAACAACUGUCUCAAGCACUUCUACCACUCCAACAAGUAAAACAGUUACUGAAACCACUUUCAGCACAACCACCCCAUAUACAGAAACACCAUCUACCAUUACUGUUUCAUCUCCUACUAUUCCAUUUUCUACCCCAGUGACUGUUACUGAAACAACAACUCCUACAACAUCUGUCUCAAUAACUUCUACCAGUCUAGCAACCAAAACGGUUACUGAAACCACUUCCAGCACUGCCACGCCAUAUACUGAAACACCCUUCACUGUACCCACUAUAACACUUACUGAAAGAACAUCUACCUCUACUAGUAGUAUCUCUACAGAGACAACACCCACCAGCACUGUACCAACUUCAUCAACAACGUCUUCGACUUAUUCUACUACUAUCACCUCCUCAUCCACUAUUACUGUGACUUCAACUUCUGGAACUACCACAUCUCCAACUCCCACAUCAACAAUAAUAACAUAUUCAACAUCACCAACUACAAGUAGCACCCCUCUAACUACAUAUAUCUCAUCAACUACAUUUACAAGUCCUCAUACUUCAGAAACCACCAUAUCACCAACAACUUCUACAAUUUCUACUUUGUCUUCAACAGUCGUCACUACUACUUGUUUCUGUAAAGUAAACGACAUCCUCUUUUCACCAGGUGAAAUAAUCUACAGCAAAGAAGAUGCUGAUGGCUGUCAAUACUAUGCCAUUUGCAAUGAUACAUGUUUAAUUGAGAGAAGUGUGGGGCCUUGUACAACUCCUACAACUGUUAGCCCCACAACAACAACAACGCCCACCACUAAAUCCACUACCUCAUCAAGCACAGUAACUGAAACCACUCCGGCUACUCCAUCUACAACUGUACCAUCAACAACUGCAACUAUCUCAACUCCACCAUCAACAACUCCAUCCACAUUAACUACAUCAUCAUCAACAACUGAAAUCCCUACAACGACACCUUCAACAACUGGAUCCACUGCAUCUCCACCAACGUCUACACCUGUUUCCAGUACAACAUGUGGAGUUUGUGAAUGCAAGAUGCCAAUAUGUGACGUAGGCUACAAAGUGGCUACUUUUAUUCCACCAGAUGCAUGCUGCCCCAAUAUUACAUGUGUUCCUGAAACUGUGUGCGUGGUCAAAAACGUAGUCUACCAGCUUGGAUCAGAAAUUCCUCAACCACAGGAAUCCUGUCAAACAUGUAAAUGUUCCCACAACAUGGACCGCAACUCAGAGUUUUACGCAGUUGAAUGCCAACCAAUACAGUGCCAGACAACUUGCCAAGAUGGUUAUACCUAUAAACAAAAAGCUGGAGAGUGCUGCGGAAAAUGCGUACCCUUGCAGUGUUCUAUGAUAAUAAGUACUAGCACAGGUAGCUCAAGUGGAACAUCUAGUGGUUCAACAGGUGGCACAUCCAGUGGCUCAAGUGGCACAUCUAGCGGCUCAACAAGUGGCACAUCCAGUGGAUCAGCAAGUGGAACAUCCAGUGGCUCAGGAAGUGGCACAUCUAGUGGAUCAACAAGUGGUACUUCCAGUGGCUCAACAAAUGGCACAUCUAGUGGAUCAACAAGUGGCACAUCUGGUGGCGCAACAAGUGGAACAUCUGGCUCUAGUGGCUCAACAAAUGGAACAUCUAGUGGCUCCACAAGUGACACAUCCAGUAGCUCAACGAGUGGCACAUCAAAUAAUUCAACAAGUGGUACAUCUAGUGGUUCAAGUGGAUCAACUAGCGGUUCAUCAAAUGGUUCAAGUAGUGGAUCAAAUAGUGGUUCAUCAAAUGGAUCAAAUAGUGGUUCAUCAAGUAUCACCUCAACCACUGACUCAACUGGCACAACUACAGUUAACAUUCCAAUCGGAAACAUUUAUCAUGUGCCCAACAACAGCUGUGUCUACUAUGAAUGCAAUGAAGAAAAUGGAGUUCCAGUCCUGACCAAAAUACAGAAAGUCUGUCAGAAAUUAGACUUAAGCACUUGUGAACAGGGAACUGUUACAUACGAUGCAGAUGGAUGCUGUCAGACUUGUACUCCUAAGAAGGUGGUAAACGUCACAACUGUAGAAGACUGCAGUGCUCGUAAGAACGAGACAGUCCUCACAAACGGAAACUGCUCACUCUCUGUAGAACUCACAUACUGCGGUGGACCAUGCAUGGGAUCAUCAAUCUACUCCAUGAAACUUCAAGCAAUAAGUCACCAAUGUUCCUGCUGUACAGAAAUGGAAGUGAAAGAAAAGACAGCAGAGCUAUUGUGUACAGAUGGAUCUCAUCAGAGUUAUACCUACAUUGAUGUAGUGAGAUGCGGCUGUGCUGGGGCACUGUGCACACCCAAUGUAUAAUCCAUCCAAAUGUACUACCAAGGACUGGGACUAAACAGACUUACUGAUUAAAGCCUGGAAUGAUAUGUUACUUUCUGUUAAAUGCGCUACGGUGGCCUUCACAAAAUAUUUUUCUUGUGACCCAUACUAUUAGUUCUAAAGGAAAUGUAUUUUUCAAUCUUACAAAGUAGUAUAGUAGAGCUUGUAUCCUUCACAACUAGUGGACAUUUUUUAGGGGAAGAAGUAGAAUAGCACACAAGCAAAAGUACAUAUGUGUCGGGUAUCUAUAACAUAGUCAAUGAGCUGAUGGAUUUUGUGAAUGUCACCUUCCUUGUAUUUUUUUAAUCUUGUAGAUGUUAAUAAACUUCAGAGUUAAAAGCAA